UGUGAUUUGGGGGCUGUAAAGUAGCACGUUUCCACCCCACAGCUUUUGGGCUCGACCCUGAGCUCUGUUUACUUUCCUUUACAUGGGUUACCUCUACGUUUCCGGGCUAUCACACAGGUAGGGAGAUAGCUAGACUAAAUUGCCCGUAGGUUUGUGUGUGUGUGUGUGUCUUGCAUCAAAUUUUGGGUGAAUUCUGCCACUUUGCAUUCAGUGUUCCUGGGAACUAUUCUCCAAAUCAUGUGAAGCAAAUUUCUUGUGAAUGAGACAGCGCUUAGUCCCAGGGUUUUUGAUACUCUUGAGGUUUGAACUCACAUCCUUCCCUCCCUAGAGCAGAACUGAACCGCCAAUCCAGUAUAAUUUUAGCAAGACUUGUAAAUAGAAACGGAACAGUGAAUGACAGACAGUCAUUAGUGUCUUUGGUCUGAAACUCCUGGAAAAGUCUAAUUUCCUUUAUUAUCUUUAUGGUACCAGUUUUACCUCAUUUAAUACAGUUUAGCGUAGUGUACCCUUCCAGAUCCUGCUGAAUGUUUUGACGGUUUGGCUCUUUGACAGCAGCAAUGGAUGAGGGCAGCAGUAUUUUUUCAGUGCUAUUUGUUCUAAAUGAGAGAGGCCAAGCUUCAGCCCAUCCUCUCCCCCUGAUCCUCUCCAAACAUGGAUUUUCCAGAGCUUUAUUGCAUAGCCGCGGUAAGCACACACAAUCUAAAACACUGCCUAAUCAAUUCUAUGCAAACAAACUGGCACAGUCUUGACCAAGCAGACAGUCCGGCAAAUGUUCUUUACACAGGGGGGUUUUAUAUGAAAGUUAAAAAAAAUAUAAAAAAUGGGUUAUUACUUGUUUUGCAGAAACAAUUUUACUUAAAUGUAAAGUAUUCUGUUGAAGAAUGUGAUGAGUCCUGGAUAAUCUGGGGCCUCUUUUCCGGGUAGUUCUCUAUAUAAUAACAGCGUCAGCAGAGUUGUUCUAUUGUUUCUGCACAGACCUGGUUUAACCGAUGGUAAAAAAAAAAAAAAAAAACAUGACCAUGACAUGACAAAAAGUAUAAAGAUUUACCAAAGCCAAGUUUCAGUUUGAAGCAUAUGACUUAACCUCAGUAGAGUUGAAUUAAGGACAGCAACUGAAGUGUACGAAAGAGGACAUGCCUAUAAAACUGAAGUGAAAGUGAACUAAAACCACUGGACUUCACCAUGAAUUAGAGGUUAAAAGUCAUGGGUGGGAAGAGUUAAGUAUUUCUGCCUGAUUCGUAUUGUUCAAAUACCCUCCUCCCAUGGGUCUGCAGGGGGUUGAUGGCGCCAAUCUGGCCUAAGGGCAUUAUAAAUACCCCCUGCACCACUGGCCCGAACACUCGAGCUGAAUGUCUGCAGGACAUGCUAAACCUUUGUCUGUCUAGCUUUAUCAACACUACCCUGCAUUCAGACAGAUGCAGACACCAACAGCCGCCAAUCUCAGACGCAAAACCUUAUGACAAAAAUCGAUGAUUUCACUCUAAAGUGAGUUGUUGAAGAGGUGUUGGUGCUUUAAGAGUUCCACCGAAAUACUGCAGGCUCUUGCAGGUAAAUCUCCUGGUGAUAGUUCUUAUUUCAUUUAGGGCCGCAUAGGGUUUUUUUGUUUACGCCCCUCAAGUGUGUUGAGCUCUCCACUACUGCAGCCAUGUGGGAGUUCCGCUCCAUGUCUUUCUGGCGAGCCGUUUUUGCAGAGUUCUACGGCACAAUGUUCUUUGUCUUCUUCGGGCUUGGUGCUGCUUUGCGCUGGACCAGCGGCGCUUAUAACGUGCUCCACGUGUCCUUCUGCUUCGGGCUGGCAGCUGCCACGUUCGUUCAGUCCAUUGGCCACAUCAGUGGUGGCCAUAUCAACCCGGCCAUCACUUUCGCCUUCUUGGUCAGCUCCCAGAUGUCCCUGUUCCGUGCUUUCUUCUACAUCUGUGCUCAGUGUUUGGGGGCGUUGGCUGGUGCUGCUGUACUGUACGGGGUGACGCCGACCAACAUGAGGGGCAACCUGGCUCUUAACACACUGCAGCCUGGCGUCAGCCUUGGCAUGGCCACUACCAUGGAGGUGUUUCUGACUCUGCAGCUGGUGGUGUGCGUCUUUGCCGUAACCGAUGAUCGGCGUAACGGCCGUCUGGGCUCUGCUGCUCUAGCCAUCGGCUUCUCCGUGCUCGUGGGGCAUUUGCUUGGGAUGUACUACACUGGUGCCGGGAUGAAUCCUGCCAGGUCCUUUGCCCCUGCUGUGCUUGUCAGGAACUUCAUCAACCACUGGGUGUACUGGGUUGGCCCUUUUAUUGGCGGUGCUCUGGGUGCUCUGCUUUACGACUUCAUGCUCUUCCCACGCAUGCGCGGCUUCUCAGAAAGAAUCGCCGUGCUCAAAGGCAGUCGGCCCAACGACGCAGAAGGCCAGCAGGACACGCGGGGCGAACCAAUCGAGCUCAAAACACAAGCUCUAUAAACACACUGUCAGGAACGGUUGGCGUCGUCAUACUUUUAUAACCUCACACAAUGCAUACAUGCUUUACAACCUGCU